AUGCCUACAAUACCCAACAGACUAGACUACCUGAAUUGGAUAAAGAGUAUAUGGCGGAGUCAUGUAAGCCCCGGUGAUACGUUCAACUUGAUCGAUAUCGGUACUGGUUACCUCCCCAUAUAUCCAAUACUAGCUGCUAGAUUGUUUGACAAUUGCUUGGUUUAUGCAACCGAUAUCGAUCACUCCUCACUAGAGUUGGCUGCUUCCAACAUUGAUCGUAACAACUUGGACGAUAAGAUUAAGCUGGUUGGUGUAGAUAGAGAUGAUAACAAUCUAAUUCCCUCGGAAAUAACAGACAAUCACGCUCAAUUUGAUUUCUUGAUAAUGAAUCCACCUUUCUACGAUGCAGGUCAGGUUAGUAGACAGAAUAUCAAGUCGAAUCAUCCGAGUGGACUGAAUCUGGGAUCUACCAAUGAGCUGUACACAGAAGGCGGUGAGCUUGGAUUCAUUUUAAAACUCAUAAACCAGUCGAUCAAACUUAAGCACAAGGUUGUCUGGUACUCCACACUUAUCGGCAUAAAAUCAAAUCUAUCAAUCCUAAUCAAAUAUUUGAAUAAGCACAACAUAUCGAAUUAUGCUUUGAACGUUAUUAAUCGGGGUAACACACUGAGGUGGCUGCUAGCAUGGUCAUUCUUGCCGUACAGAUUGGACAACUCACUAGCAAGAUCGAACAACAAAUCACUAUUCAAAUUGAAUCCACCUUCCACUCAUCACACUCACAACCUCAACCACCCAAUCAACCUUGAUGCGAUGAUCUCCUUAAUCAAUCAGCUAUCAAGCGUGUACAUCAGUCAUCGUAGUGAGGGUAACUCGAAAUGGGCCGUCGGAUCCAACCAGACCAUUAAAUUUGAUGUCGAUACUGAAAACAAAGCGGAAAUAUGGAAUAAAUUCUCUAUUGAUUUGAUGACUGGUCCUGAUUUGUACACGGUCUUCGUUGGCAAAGUUGCAGAAAAUAUUAGCGUACCAAACAAGGACCAGGGCAAAAUAAAUUGGACACUCCCAGACACAGUCACCCCACACUCCCAAAUCUACUUUUUGCAAUUCUACAACUCUGAAAAUGCAACCGACAAAGCAUGGUCGACUAGAUUUACCAUUACAGGUGAAAAUGGCGAUUCUGAACCACCUUCCCACGAAACCCAGCCUAAAUCUGGAAAGGAUACUCCAUGGGGUAUCGGAUCACUUAGAGAAGGUCCUAUCGAUCAAGAUACUCUGCCUUUGCAUCACAACUACCCUGCAUCUGAUGCGGCUGAAGAGAAAAUCAAGAACGGUGGUGGAUCUAAACAGGAUGAAGUCAAUUUAGAUUCUGAGACAUCAAAUGCAAAUGGCUACAAUCACUCCCACGUCGUCGCCUUUGUCGCUACUAUUUCCAUCUCCCUUGUUUUGCACUUCAGUUGUUUCAUUUAA